UUCUCUUCUGUCGCUGGGUUCGGGGCUCCCCGCUUGGCUGGGAUGAGGCUAGUGACUUGGAACGUGAAUGGGCUUCGCGCAGCAGCGGGGUCGGCGGGCUUAAGGCAGCUCCUGGAUUCUUUGGGAGCGGAUGUUAUCUGCUUGCAGGAGACUAAGAUAACCCGGGACCUGCUGGAGGAACCAUUAGCUAUAGUGGAGGGCUAUAGCUCCUACUUCAGUUUCAGCCGCACUCGCAGUGGCUAUUCAGGCGUUGCAACCUUCUGUAAGGCCAGUGCCACCCCAGAAGCAGCUGAGGAGGGCUUGUCUGGGCUGUUUACCAAGCACGGUGGAGCUGUUGGUUGUUAUGGAAACACAGAGGACUUCGCAGCUGAUGAACUCAAGGCCCUGGACAGUGAAGGCCGGGCAGUGAUCACUCGCCACCGCAUACACACUUCAGAACAGCAGGAAACUGUGCUGACUGUUAUCAAUGUGUAUUGCCCCCGUGCUGACCCUGAAAAGCCAGAACGUGGAGACUUCAAGCUGCAAUUCUACCAUCUUUUGCAAGCCCGGGCUGAAGCUCUUCUUAGAGCUGGAGGCCAUGUGGUCAUUCUGGGAGACAUCAAUACUGCACACAGGCCCAUCGAUCACUGUGAUCCAGGAGAUUUGGAAUCCUUCCAGGAACAUCCCGGGCGCCGCUGGCUGGACACUUUCCUGUGGGAGCCUGGCAGAGACUCUGAAAAUGAGAAUCUCUUUGUGGAUACUUUCCGCUUGCUGAACCCGAGUCAGGCUGAAGCCUACACUUGCUGGUGUAAUGUAACAGGAUCGCGGCAUCUUAACUAUGGUACCCGCAUUGACUACAUCUUGGCUGACCGUGCUCUGGCAUUGUUGGAACUGACCGAUGCCCAGAUCAUGCCAGAAGUGUUGGGCUCUGACCACUGCCCUGUCCAGGCUGUGCUGAAAAGCAUCUGCCUGGCUGCCCCACGGUGUCCUCUGCUCUGCACCCGUUUCCUGCCCGAGUUUGCUGGCACCCAACAGAAGCUCAGCCGCUUUCUGGUAAAAGUGGAACAGAACAGUCUGCCUGAGAAGGGGCAGAAACGGAGCAAAGCUGAGAGGAGUCCCUUGGGGGGUUCGAAGAAAAGACGGACUGGCCCAGCCCAGAAAGGGCAAGGGGAUUUGCGUAGCUUCUUCAGAGCUCCGAACUUGGGUGCUGAGCCUAUGGAUGGUGGAAGGUGCCAGGCGGUUUUGAAUGUGGCCCAAAGGGCAGCAGAAGAUUCUGGGAAAGAGCCUCCUAUGGAGAACGCUGAAAGGACAGCUGACAAAUGUGGGGUGGAGGAAGUCUCAGGGGUAACCCAGGCACCUGUUGGGAGUCCAAAGAAGGAAUCCUCUAAGGGUGUGACCAGCAAGGAAACUAUGAAUUGUGAGAAAGACACACUUCCGUCCAUGCGAAAUCAGUCUGCUUUGUGGAAGUCACUGCUACCCGGCCCUGCACACCCACCUCACUGCAAGGCCCACAAGGAGCCCUGUGUUUUGCGGACAGUGAAGAAACAAGGGCCAAAUUGUGGACGACGCUUCUUUGUCUGUGCCCGGCCUCUGGGGAAACCCUCCGAUCCCCGUGCACGGUGUGACUACUUCCUGUGGGCCAGCUAGGCCAUUCCCUGAGCAGAGCAAGGGGAGGUUGAAUCUGAUUUGUGUUUUGGGUGCUAUGUACCCCCUUUUGAGCUGCCCAUGCAGGCCACUCUGAUUUGGGAUGAGCAACUCCAAGGUGCUGCAUGAGGCCAAGGAUGCAGAUUUUUCUGCUCAACUUGUCUCUUUUAUAUUGCAGGAACCUCUGAGAGGACUCUUGGAACCUUUGAUCUCAGUCCUGUUUUCCCUGUGCCUCAUUAAAAAACUAAAAUCUUUGUCAUUGCUGGGAAAUGACUAUCCUUUUGAGAAAACAAGUUUUUAAAAACAUUUGAUAAAAUAAAGAUAUUUGGUAAAACAAACAAACGCCCUUCUCUGAAAAAAAGAAUAGGUGACGCUUGGAAGUCUUGUCGGCGGUAGUUGUAGAAAUUGGCAGGCUUGUUCUGGUGCUUCCAAACUCCUGUUCUGCUGUUGCCCAGAGAAUUUCAACUAGAGGCCAACAGGAAAUAAAUCAUGGUCAAACUUCAGGAGGGUCAAACUCAGUUUUAGUUUUGAAAACAAAGUUCUGCCUACUUUCCCAGUACGUUGAAACUAGUACUCCCCAUUCUUCCUGCUCUGUUUUCUCCUGACCUGGUUAUCUGCUGAUCCUGCACAGGCCUUCUGUUUUGGAUGUUCCUAUUAGUGGGCAGCCCAGGAAGCGAUCAUGUGGAAAAAGGGAGUGUGCUGUGCGAGCCUUUUACAGUGUUCCUUGGAAAGCUGAAUUACAGCUUAGUGUGUUGUUUGUACUC